GUCAAGGGUGUUUUUCCAAGCGGAAGUUUACGUUUACGAUAAACUUUGCUAUUCGAACCUUUUCAGCCCUAUUUAAGGAUGAAGGAGAAAGGUUCUUGGCGUAAAGUUUUAUACGAAGACCAAGGUGUUCCCGAUGAUUAUGUUGAUGAUUCAUUUUUGGAAGAAUUGCGAAAAAAUCUUUACAUAAGGGAUUAUGAAUAUUGGAGCGUUGUUGCCGAGUCAGGAGUCGUAACACAACAUAUCAGUUGGUAAGUUAAACCAUUUGAUGAAAGAACAAACAAACGUGAAUAUUUUUUUAAAUGGUCAUGACUGAUAAGUUGCAAGAAAGAGAAAAUAAAAGACCUAAUUUACUGUUAUAGUCUAUAAAAUUGUUCUUAUUUAACUAAAAUUCUUUACAGCGUUGCCUUAUUCGUUGUUGUUUUCGUAUAUAUGGAUGAAAAUAGACUAUCACCAGAGACAUUGUUUAUAUUUUCAUUAUUCUGCGCCCUUUUGGGCUAUUAUAUGAACAACUUUAUGGAACAGAGAAAUUUCCGAAUAUGGAGCAGGCGAACUCGUUGGGAUGAUUUAAAGACAGUCAUUAUCAUACUUGCGUUCAGCGGAGGUUUAUCUCCAGUUUUAAUGACUCUUACAGAUACAAUUUCGACCGAUACAGUAUAUGCUAUGACUGCUUUUAUGCUGUUAGCCAACAUUCUUUUUCAUGAUUACGGUGCUAACGCGGCAAUGGUUUCCGAUUCAUUAUCAUUCAACGCAGGAAUAUUUGCCAGUGUUUGUCUAGCUUCUAGACUAGAAACAACGUGGCAUGCGUUUGCCACAGUUACUUUAGCUAUUGAAUUAUUCGCUUUAUGGCCAGUUUUAAGGCGGAAGCUAAAGACACAUUAUCAAAGAUCCCAAGUCGCUUUACCUCUACUGAUGGGUACAGUAGCCUCAAUGGCAAUCUGGUCUGUAUCGAUAACUUGCGCAAUUGUUUUUAUAUCUUUCCAAGUAUUUGUAUCAUUCGCCUGCCCUGCUUGGUUAUUAAAUAUGCAAAGAUUUAAAAAUAACAUUCAUGGACCAUGGGAUGAAGCAGUAAUACGAAGUUAAGACAUACACAAAACAAAUAUGGCGUCGUGGUGAAGAAAAUAUGACUCUUUAGCUCCUUUGAUAUUUAUUUAUUUUAACUUCUUUAAUAAAAUUUAUUAAAUAUUUAUUAAAAGCAAAAGGAAAUGAGAAAAUUCGUAAACAAACAAGAUUUUAUUAAGUGACGAAUAGAUAAUAUUCAUAUCAUGACAGCGUAUUAUAUAGGUUAAGACGAUACACUAUAUACUUUACAUCCGCUUGUUUAUUUAUAUAUAACAUAGAUAAUUGGACUUAUAUCAACGUCUCCCUUUUAUUACUUUAAUAGCUUCAUUGUGUCAUAACGUAAAAUUGUUUGUUUUGGUGAUUUAAUGUACUCAACUAGUAUUCUCUUAUUGAAAUAAUAAUCGAGUCUUGAUGCAUUUCAUUUCCAGAGUAUACAAAGAAUUAAUAUUAUAUUUAUCUAAAUAGUUUCUUUAUUUGUUUUUAUAUAGAAAGUAUCUUGAAAAAAAGUACA